AUGGCAGAUGGUGCAUUCCAGUUCCAUCAGCCUGGAGCCGGGCAGUUUUAUCCUGCGCAACAUACAAAUCAUCGGAAUCCAAAUCGGGCAAGCUCGCCUCCAGGGCCACGACGACCAUUCAACCACGACACUCCCUCUCCUUCAAGAUCCCCGGUGGGCCAUUCCGUUGGUCACACCUUCAACAUGUAUUCGCAGAAUGGAUAUCAGACGCAGCAUGGCCUGAUGAAUGGAGCGCAGAAUCAUCAGCGGUACGGGAACAUACAUCUACCAAAAUACCAGCCCCCGCACCAUGGCCAUCACAAUGUCAGUCAACACCACGGACAGCACCACCACGGUGGACAGUUAGGACACCAGCAUAAUAUCUCCUCCGGUGGUUUCCAGUCGACGACCCCUCACCUGCCCACGUAUAGCCACGAACAUCUACAGAACGGCAAUGGGAAUGGUCUCUCUCAUGAAGAUGUGGAUGAGCCGGACAAUGAACAUUGGCGGGAACAGAAACAAUUUUGGGAGGAGAGCAAGGACCUCAACGGACCCAAUCAGCGAGCGCGGACGGUGGCGCAUCACUCUAAGGGCGUUAGCUAUGUACCGUUAGGAGCAGCCGCAGAAGAUCUCCAGACUGAACACUCUCGAGUCGUGACGUCGAACGAGCAAACCUCCAGCAGGCAAACUUGGGAUGAGCUCGAUCUGGGUGGUCAAGGUCUUUGCGCACUGUCUCCCGUCCUAUUCAAUCCCUCAUAUCAUUUCUUGAAGCGUCUGGAUCUCGUGUACAACCAAUUAGAGGCACUUCCGUCGGAGAUCGGACAGCUGAAGAAUCUCGAGCAUCUGGACGUGUCGUUCAACCAACUCACCGAAUUGCCUGAAGAGAUAGGGAUGCUCACAAAUCUCAAACAACUUCUCCUGUUUAACAACCACAUACAGACCCUUUGUUAUGAACUCGGAUUCUUGUACAAACUGGAAGUGCUCGGCGUUUAUGGCAAUCCUUUGGAGCAAGGGCAACGCGACAAAAUUACCGAAGGUGGGACUAGAAAAUUGAUCGAGUAUCUCCGUGAGAGCAUGCCAGAACCCCCGCCUCCUCGUGAGAGAGCGUGGCACCAGCUCGAAGAAAUUGCGGACAACGACCCCACGCAGGAUACCGUCAAGGCCUUGAGUUACAACAUCUUAUGUGAUCGCUACGCUACGCAGUCACAGUAUGGUUAUGUGGCCGAGCGCGUUCUAGGAUGGGGUUUCCGCAAGACUCUGAUUCUGGAAGAAAUCCGCGAAAUAAAUGCCGACAUAGUGUGCUUGCAAGAAUUAGACCGGACCAGUUAUGAUGAUUAUUUCCGACCUGAACUCUCCGUUUCUGGGUACAAAGGAUACUACGCGCAAAAGAGUCGUGCAGAGACCUUGGGUGAUCUUGCCAAAUUUGUCGACGGCUGUGGUACAUUCUGGAAGGACAAGAAAUAUGUGGUGCUGGACACUCAACACCUUGUUCUGGGAAGGAAGGCUGUUGAGCGACCUGGUGCGAAGGCUUCUGCAGACAUGCUCAACCGAGUCUGGCAGAGAGAUGAUAUUGCCACGGUCGUCUUCUUAGAAAACCGUUUGACGGGUUCGCGGCUCAUUGUUGUCAACGCCCACAUCUACUGGGAUCCUGCAUACAAAGACGUGAAGCUCAUCCAAGCCGCGGUGCUAAUGGAAGAACUGUCCAAGCUUGCCGACAAAUAUGCGAAGAUUCCUCCGGCCACGAACAAGCAAGUCUACCGAUUUUCUGAUGCAGAAGAUGAACAACAGCCAGAACCGGGGCCGUCAUUAACAUACGGCUCUGGACCACAAAUUCCCAUGGUCAUCUGCGGAGAUUUCAAUUCCGGAGCCGGGUCCGCUGUCUACGAUUUGUUCACCAAGAAGGGAAUGAAUGCGGAACAUGCUGACCUUGACGGCCGAGACUAUGGUGCAUUCUCGCGGGCCGGCAUGUCACAUCAAUUCACAUUGAAGUCUUCGUACGCCGCAAUCGAAGGCGAGAUGCCUUUUACGAAUUACACACCUUCUUUUGCGGACGUCUUGGACUAUGUCUGGUACUCCGCCAACUCUCUCCGAGUGGUUGGACUCCUUGGCGCCAUUGAUCCGGACUACCUGAAGCGAGUUCCCGGAUUCCCAAACUUUCACUUCCCCAGUGACCAUAUCGCGAUCGUGGCGGAGUUCAAGGUCGAGAAGCAGCGAAAUGCCCAGAAGACAGUUGAAGCCGAUUUCGGACCCACCACAAAGAAGUAG